GAUUUAUUUAAGUGAACCUUAAAAAUAUCAGAAAAUAGUAGCAUAUCACCAUGAGCAUAGAAUUUGUUACAUUAGUAUGGUUUGUUUCUCUGUCGUGCAUUGUAAAAUGUGGUGACCCUAUGGGACAUCUUCAAUCCCUUGGCUCCCAUAUGCCUCCGAUUAAAAUAGAUGUGAUCCAUACUCCACCCAGUCCACAAGAAUUUUUUGAUAAAUACAUUAAAGUUAAUAAACCGGUCGUCAUCAAAGGAGCUGCAAAAGUUUUAAGCAAUUUCAAAACUUGGAGAGAUGAUGAUUACUUGAGUGAAAAGUACGGUAAAUGGAUAGCUCCAACAGACCUCGGAAAAUUUGAGGCUCAAAUAUACGGAAAAAUAUUUGAAAUGAAAUUUGCACGUUUUCUAAGAAGCUAUAAAAAGCGAGAACUCUGUAUAAUUCGGGACAUUCUGCCAGAGAACCCAAUGAGAGACGAACUAUCUUUUAUAAAAUCUAUGUCGUGCGGUGGAUACCAAGAACGGAUUUCGAAGGUGAUAUUCCUAUUUUCAUCUGGUUCUGCUCAAUCAGCACUACAUUGGGAUAUGCAAGAAAAUAUGCAUUGUUUGCUUGAUGGUACGAAGAAUUGGACAAUUAUUCACAGGAAAGAUCGACACAUACUCCCGAAGUCGGAUCAUUCGUCAGUAUAUUCUGGAAUUGAUCCAAGAAGUGUUGACAUGUACAAAUAUCCCGUAAUGCAAGAUAUGCCUUGGUAUCAAGCUCUCAUUGAAGCAGGAGAUUGUUUGUUUGUUCCGAAUAGCGCGCCGCACUACGUGAAAUCAGGAGAUUCGAGGAAUAUGGCCUUUUCUAUCUGGUUCGAUGCCCCGAGAUCGCUCAAUCUAACAGACUGUCCGGAAAAUGAAGCAGAUUUACCUGAAACGGCGCCAAUUGGCCAUAGCGUAAUAUCAACCCUGGAAAGUGUAAAGGCCUUUUUGUAUACAAUGAUAGAUGAUCGAAGUGAUAGACUGUCCGUCUUCAAGUUCAACAAAAUGGUUCAGGCAUUUGGCGCAGACGAGAUGACUUCGUCGGAACUUCGUGACGUACUCGACUCGGAUAAAGACGGUUUCAUUACCGCAGAAGAGAUCGAAGCUUUAACGGAUGUCACAGAUGAGAUGUGGCCGGUAUUUUUAUUUGACACAGAUGAAUACAAAGAGGUAGAAAACUUCAGUAAAAGUAAACAAGAAAAAGAGGAACUAUAAAACUAAAACAUUCAAAAAAUUUGAAAUAGGAAUUUGUGAAAAAUACCAUGAAUGUAAAUUUAUUUGCAAUGAUAUUAUUGUGCAACUAUUUAUGUUUUUUCAAUUGUAAAUAAUAUUGGGAUGAAGUGCGUAACAAUUUUGAAAUAAAGAAUUGAAUAAAGAAAGUUUUAGAUGAGCGUCACCACAAGCACUCAUCCAUAGAUAGCCUAUAUCAUAAUAAAACCUCAAGUUGCUAUAAUCAGUGAA